UAAGGGACAAAAAACAGUGGCGCAAUUUUUCCUCAAAUUUGGAAAACAGGGAGGGAAGUAUGAUGGUAAAUCCAGUCCAGUCAUGGGCAUAGAACAUUCGAACACAAUCCACAAGCGAUGAUGGCACUGCUUAAUCACAGCCCUACAUUCCCCUCCGUCGCCGGCCUCAAUCUUCUCCGCCAGCCGCCGUCCUCCGCCGCCAAACCUUUGCCUAAUGAACUGAGAAUCUCAUGUUCCCUCUCUCAUCUCCCAAACAAGUUUAAGAGGGCGUACACAAGCGUGAUGAUAGUCCCGACUGGUAUUGGUGCAUCCAUCGGUGGCUUUGCCGGAGAUGCUCUGCCUGUGGCUCGUGCUAUCGCCUCCGUUGUUGACUGCCUUAUCUCACACCCAAAUGUUCUUAAUGCAGCAAUGUUAUACUGGCCCAUGCCAAAUGUAUUAUAUGUUGAGGGUUAUGCUCUUGACCGAUUUGCAGAAGGUGCCUGGGCAUUACAGCUAGUGCAUCAAAACAAGGUCGGGUUGGUUCUUGAUGCUGCAAUAGAGGAAGAGCUUCGUAUCCGCCAUCUACAAGUGGUUGAUGCAACAAGGGCUUCCCUUGGACUGCCAGUCAUUGAAUAUAUCGUCACUGACACCCCUUUACAGGUGGAAAAAUGGGUUGAUUUGAAGACUGGCCAAUCAACUGGGAGGGUAAAACACCCUGAUUCACUAUUGAGGGCUGUACAGACACUAAUUAACCAAUCUUCGGUUAAUGCAAUUGCGGUUGUGGCACGCUUUCCAGAUGAUGAUAUUGAGGACAUGAAUGAUUAUCGACAAGGGUUGGGAAUAGAUCUUUUGGCCGGAGUGGAGGCGAUUAUAAGUCAUCUAGUGGUGAAGGAAUUCCAGAUUCCCUGUGCACAUGCUCCUGCUCUAUCACCUGUUCCUCUGAGCAUGUCAUUGUGUCCAAAAGCAGCUGCUGAAGAGAUAGGAUACACGUUCUUGCCCUGUGUGCUUGCUGGGCUAAGUAAUGCACCACAGUAUUUGGUUAAGAACUCCAAGUCCUUGGAAAGGGGUUGCAUAUUGGCAAGUGAUGUUGAUAGUGUCAUUCUUCCAGCAGAUGCUUGUGGAGGGGAUGGUGUUAUUGCAUUCGCAAGUUUUAAACAAAACAAGCCACUUAUAAUUACUGUGGACGAGAAUCGAACAGUUCUCAAUGAUACACCAGAUAAAAUUGGCAUUGAAGCAGUCAAGGUCUCUAACUAUUGGGAAGCCAUAGGCGUUAUUGCAGCUCAUAAGGCAGGAAUAGAUCCAAAUUCUCUCCGAAGAAACAAAAUUAGUAACAUUCAAUGCAUUUCUGCCAUUUCUUCUAAUGGUUCUGCUGUUUCAAGUGCCAGAUUAUUUGUUUGAUUAAUUAUUGCAUGAGUUGCCCGUGAUGGAACAUGAAACGGUAAGUCAGAUUUGAAUAUAUGAAAUUUAGUACAUCUUUUUUUACUUUUCUAUAACCUUGAACUUGUUUUCAUCUGGGUAGUGGAACAGUGUUGGUUUUGCGAUGUUUGCAUCAAUUCUCUAGCAAUGACAAGGAUAAGGUUUGCUUGAUGAUGAUAGUUGGUUGCAUGAAGAGCCUAAUUUUUUCUUGUUAUCAUUUUAGUAUUAUUUUUUUUUAUUGUUAUUUUUGUGGUAUCUGUUGAGCUUUACCUACCAGUAAUUGGAUAGCUAUUUUGUGGUGGGUCAUUUUUGGGCAUCCAACUACCACUCUACCAAGCAAGCAGUCUUGAUAUUGAAGACUCUGCAACAUGAAUUUAAAUCAUGCUCAUAUGUAGAAACAUACCCUGGAUAACAAAUUGAAUUUAAUGUUCAUGACUUGUGUCUGCUUAUUC